CCAUUUGUCCUGUCCAUCCAAAAUUGGAUGCAAAUUGGCCCUCUUCUUAUCAAGCAACAAGCGUCCUGGCAGGUGGCACAGAAUUACUGCCGGGAAAACCACCUUGAUCUAUUUACAAUUACAAACCCAAGGGCCCAAAUGAAGCUAAAAGAGGAAAUGAUUAAUCAUAAUGUGAUAGGGCUUGUCUGGACAGGUCUGCACAAUGAUAUGGACAGUUGGUACUGGUCCUAUGAACACCUACCCUUGAAGAAUACAAGUGUAAUGAAUUGGGGUGCAGGUCAGCCUAAUAAUGCUUAUGCAGAAGAUGUGUGUGGGGCAGUGUACAUGGAUGGAACCUGGGUGAGCUUCAAUUGCCUUUACAGCAUACCCUUUAUAUGUUAUGAUGCUAACAUCACUGCCAAUAAGGGGUUUGUUGGCUACGCUAAUAUUUUGUUAACCUGGGAUGAUGCUCGGACAUUUUGCCAAUACCAUCACACAGAUUUAGCUCGGAUAACCAAUGCAACAGACAUCAGCCCACUGAUGCAGUACUUAUCAAGCAUACAUUUUUAUACGCGUUUUUAUCCGAGUGGCUGGUUUGGAUUAACCAGAGACACUUGGAAGUGGUCAGAUGGAACCAAGCUUUCAUACCUCCCAUGGUUAAAUGGACAACCUGAUAAUUAUUAUCAGUGGGAGUAUUGUGGAGCGGCCGACAACGAACUGCUCACCGAUGAGCAAUGCCUCAAUGAACACUAUUUCGUCUGCUCUGCUUAUCUAUUCAGGACACAAAUAGUGAAACUGCAAGUGAACUCGGAUUCGAGUGUGCUUGACCCUGCUGUGCAGUCAGCUAUUUUAGACUUGAUCAACCAAAAACUGCAGGAAAAUGGCAUGGGGGUGAACACCACAGUAAAAUGGAAGGUGCAGCCAGAUGGAAACAUCUUUUACAAGAAAGUGAAGGACAACUAAACAAAGCAUAAUUCAAAAUGUCUUUAAUUUAACAGUUAUACCAUUUCAUACCAUUUCACUACAAUAAACCAGUGGCUGUUAAUAUUAUCUUAACAAUAAGUAAUACUACUACUAUUAAUAAUAAUAAUAAUAAACUUUAUUUUAUAGAGUGCCUUUAAAAGCAGCUUCUCAAGGUGCUGUACACAAAAUAAGCAGUACACAGAAAAAAUAAAAUAAAAUAAAAAUAAAUUAAUAAUAACAACAACAACAACAACAAUAGUAAAAGUAAACAUCAGCAAGCAAAUUCUAGGGCAUUAUAGGAAUGCAACAUUCAUGUUAUUGCUAGAAUAUAUGAGCUGUUAAUGUCUAUACUGCUAAUUUUUUUUUUUUAAAAAGGAAACAAGAUGUGUCAAAAGUGAGAAAAACCCAUGUCUCUGCCUCUAAUUCACGUUUUAAAAAUGACGUCUGUACACUAAACCAUCUUUCCUAUGCAUGAGCAAAUGUAAUUAUUAAUGUCAGUAGAUUUUUAUUGUUAUAGUUUAUGCUAGUACCCUGCUUAUUAUACUUGCUAUAUUCCUUGUUGGUAUUUUGAUUUUGAUUAUUUAACUGCAAAUCAAGCAUUUUUCUGGUUGUUAAAAAAUUAUGAUCAAAUUUACACGUAUUCUGAACAGAUGGGAGUGAUCUUAGAGAAAAGAUGAAAUGAAAUUAGAUGAAUAAGGAAAUUGAGGAAGGAAUUUCACCAGGUUCCUUUUGAUCAGAUUUGACUGUAUGCAGAUUAUAUAAAAUAUAGAAAAUGGAUAAGCAGUAGGAUAAGCAGUGGGAUAAGCGGUAGAGAAAAUGGAUGGAUGGAUGCAUGGAUGGAAAGAUUGGUGUGCUAAGGAUAAUGGAACUACCUAAGUAGGUUUAUCUCACUUGUAGACCAUCCCGGUGGCCAAGAGUCACUUUGGGUUAGAACUUCUUCUGACAUUCAAAUCUGUUCAUAAGAAUUGCAAAUUUGGGCUCACAUGCACCAGCUACUAAAUGAGGCUUGCUCCCGAUUUGAAGUCUCUACGUCACACCAUCCAAAAUGCAAAAACCAGCCUUGCAAAUUCAGGCUCUUUAUAAACACCCUUUAUAUUGUUUAUAAAAUCAUUCAUUUAUUUAAAAUUUGGUAAAUUCCGCCAGCAAGACAAUAACUGAGCUAAGCCUCUUCAGAACAUUUCAACAUUACAGAACACACAGAACAUUUCAAGCUCAAUUCUGCUUGAUUUACACAGCUAGAAAUAUGCAGUGCAAAAAAAGGACGUGGCUCUGCAGAGUUGCGUGAGAUUUGAAUGUCUUUCGCUCGAGCUUCAUUUGGGCACAUAAAUGAAAAAGAAAUAUAGUCCAUCAAAAGGAGUGCAGCUUGAUGGAUGACUUGCACAUCUGUCACAUGAAAAUUUAAUCCCUAGAAUGAUGGAUUAAAGGAUGGGUAGAUAGAUUGAUGGAGGAAUGGAUGGAUAGAUAGAUGGAUGGAGGAAUGGAUGGUUAGAUAGACCCCAGCAUUAUUUCAGUGCUUGCCAUCUUCUCAUUCAUGCAUCCCUAUAUUGGUCUUUUUUAUUUUUCAUUUAAAAAUUUUAUGUAACAUCAUUGUACAUUUUACAAAAAAAAACAAAACAACAACACUAUAUCCUUCAUCCGUCUCACUGAUUUUUGCUAGUCGAUUACAACUUAUUUUCAUUGGUUAGUUAAUGACUUAUAACUGUUGAUUAUUUUUGAUGCUCUUCUUUUUUUUUUUAGACUUGUAAGAAUUUUUAGAUUUACAUGUGCCUGUGUGUAACUAAAAAAACCAAGAGAAAGUUUAAUCUGCACUUGAUAUUGUUUAUGCCUUAAUCACUAGAAAGGCCUUUUUAUUAGUUAGGAAAAUCUGUUAAAAUCUGUCAUUUAGGGAAUAGGGAAUUAAUGAUAUGAUGUUUAAAGAAAUUACAUAAAAUGUAUAAUGCUUUUCUGUACUUUUAUGUUUAUUUAUAUGCUGAAAUAUGAAAAUAUAUUUAAAAAGUCAGUGCUGUUCGGUUCCUAUAAAGGAUUUAAACUGGAGAUUUAAAUCGGUAUCCUUAAUGGAAAUUAUGACCAUAUUGCAUAAAAGGUUUGGAUAAAAUAAGGGCUCCAUUGCAACUUGAGCUUAUCGAAAAGUCUGAUGUAAAAAGAGAAGGUCUGAAAUAUAGAACUGUACUGCAGCCUGAUUUUUUACAUUUAACCUUUAAAUCUUCGAUGUUUGCAGCAUGGUUUACUGUUAUACUCUUUGUUAAUUACUUUUUGUUAAUUAUUUGGUUAUGAUUUGAAGCAUCUGUUUUUCUUCUUUGUCUUUUGUACUUGUAUAUUAUCAUAUUUGGGCACACAUUUUAUGAACAUUUUGGCAUAUGACUUAACACGGGAAAUAAAGAAACACCUG